AAGGCGCCUCUUCCCAGCAUCCUCGCCUAAAAUGGCGUAUAUCCAGGGGCCCCUGACGAGCCUCGUCUGCAGCCAUUUUCUACCCCGCUUUGGCCUCGGCGGUUGUCGCCAGCCACAGUUUAACCAGAAAGGGCACUCGCAAAGGACGGGCCAGCGAGGUAGUUAACUGAUUUAGCGACGCGCGAUCCGCGUUCUCUGCAGGAAGGGCGGCCUUGUGAGUCAGGCACCGAGGUUGGAGUCUAAAUGUGAUUAGCCUGCGACGCAAGGAAGAGAAAGCCCGCUAGUGACGCCAUCUCUCUCGGACCAAGGGAAACUCUGUGAAAGACUGUCGCGGAAAUGGAUGGGGGCUGCGGCCCGAUCGAGGGGUGCGCGGAGAGGCCUUCCAGGUGAAGGCAACACUCAACUGCCCCCGCUCCUUCUCCUUGAUUGUCAGCGAAUCCUGGAUCCAGCUGUCCUACUACACCCACUCUGCCACAGGGGAAACCCGCAGCCAGAUGACUUGGAUUUUUGGGGGCAGGGUGUAACGUCCCCGGAUCUCCGGCAACAUGUCUGUUGGACUUAAGACCUCGAGCUUCCCCACCUGGAAGCGGCAUAUCCUGGACGAACUGAAGCGUCGAGACCGGUUACAAAGACAGGCCUUUGAAGAGAUCAUCUUGCAAUAUAAUAAGCUCUUGGAGAAGUCAGAUUUCCAUUCAGUGCUGGCUGACAAGCUACAAGUGGAAAAGUAUGAUUUGCCAAGCCGGCAUGAGAUCAGCCCAGGACAUGAUGGUGCAAGAAAUGACGCUCAUCUUCAAGAAGUCGCUCAAUUAAGGAUUAAACAUCAAGAGGAAUUGACAGAGCUGCACAAGAAACGGGGCGAGUUGGCUCAAACUGUGAUUGACCUAAACAAUCAAAUACAACAGAAGGACAAAGAAAUACAAAUAAAUAAUGUCAAAAUUGCAGAAUAUUUACAGAAGAUAUCUGAACUGGAGACUGAGUGCCAUGAUUUAUGCAACAAGCUUCAAGAUCUUGAACAAGCUAAUCAAACUCUUAAGGAUGAAUAUGAUGCUCUCCAAAUCACCUUUAAUGCUCUUGAAGAAAAAUUAAGAAAAACCACUGAAGAUAACCAAGAACUGGUAACCCGUUGGAUGGCAGAAAAGGCUCAAGAAGCUAAUCGCCUCAAUGCAGAAAAUGAGAAAGAUUUAAGAAGAAGGCAAGCUCGGCUUCAGAAAGAACUAGCAGAAGCUGCUAAAGAACCACUGCCAAUUGAACAGGAUGAUGAUAUUGAAGUCCUUGCUGAUGAAACCUCCGAUCCAGCUGAGGAGACAUCUCCAGUUCGUGCUGUCACACGGACAGCAAGUAAGCGACUCUCCCAGCCCACUGGAGGCCUUCUGGAUUCUAUCAAUAAUAUCUUUGGGAGACGUUCUUUAUCCUCAUGUCCUAUCCCUCAAGAUAAUACUGAUGAACAUCCUACUGCAAGCAGAGAGGUCCGACUACCCAACACAGCAGUGUAUGUCUUUGAUGCACACGAUGGGGAGGUUAACGCAGUCCAAUUCAGCCCUGGUUCUCGUUUAUUAGCAACAGGAGGCUUGGACCGGAGGGUCAAAAUUUGGGACGUUUUUGGUGAUAAGUGUGAAUUUAAAGCCUCCCUAUCUGGCAGUAAUGCAGGGAUUACUAGUGUAGAGUUUGAUAACGCUGGUUCCUACUUAUUAGCAGCUUCAAAUGACUAUGCCAGUAGGAUCUGGACAAUGGAUGAUCAUCGGUUACGUCACACGCUCACGGGGCAUAGUGGAAAGGUUUUAUCAGCAAAAUUCCUUCUGGACAAAGCUCGCAUUGUAUCUGGGAGUCAUGACAGAACACUCAAGCUAUGGGACCUGCGCAGCAAAGUCUGUAUAAAAACAGUGUUUGCUGGCUCCAGCUGCAAUGAUCUUGUCUGUACAGAACAAUGUGUAAUGAGUGGACACUUCGAUAAGAAAAUUCGCUUUUGGGAUAUUAGAACUGAAAGUGUGAUACAGGAAAUGGAAUUGCUGGGAAGGAUUACAGCUCUAGAUCUCAACCCUGAGAGAACAGAGCUUCUUACAUGUUCUCGUGAUGAUCUGUUGAAAAUUAUUGAUCUCAGAAUCAAUGCGGUCAAACAUACAUUCAGUGCUCCAGGAUUUAAAUGUGGGUCUGAUUGGACUAGAGUUGUAUUCAGCCCUGAUGGAAAUUAUGUUGCGGCUGGCUCAGCAGAUGGAUCACUUUAUAUAUGGAGUGUGCUCACUGGAAAAGUGGAAAGGACACUUUCCAAGCAUCACAGCAAUCCCAUCAAUGCUGUGGCAUGGUCACCAUCUGGAGCCCAUGUGGUCAGUGUGGACAAAGGAAACAAGGCGGUGCUGUGGUCUGAAUUUUGACCUGAAAGUGCAAAACACUAGCUUGCCAAAAAAAAAAUGCAUGAGAAGGCGAAGUGUCUGUCUGUCUAGAGAGGAGAGAAGUCCCAUACCUGGCUCUCACCUAAGUUUAUUUGCCCAGUGCAUAAGCUUGCCUUUAGCAAAGAAUUAUUGAUGCAUCCAUCAGGAAGAAAAGUGGAUCCUGAUUACAGUAUGUUGCUGCUAUCUGACUUUCAUAAAGGUUUGGGUGUGGAACUGGUCAUUUUUAAAAUGCACCAUCUACACACUGGAAAGUUUUUUACACCGGAUAGCAGCACUCCUGAAACAAUAUUCUAUAGCAUUUCACUGUUGAGUGCUGUAGCAAAAGUUCCUGUAUGACCUGAUUUUAUGCAUGUAUUCAUACAUGUGUCGUCUUCUCUGAUCUAGCUAAAAGAGGAGGUGAAGGAUCCUAAGACAUAGAACGGUUGGGAUCCGAAGUGUUAUCUCAUUUGAGUAAGCCAUGAAUUUGGCAGUUGCAUCUGUGGGACUUCUAGUACUUAGCAAAUCACAGCUUCUUGUACCAGCUUGAUUUGUGGCAGGCCGAACUGUCUGAAGUUGUAUCCUCAAAAGCUUAUCCAGGCAGCAAUGAUACAGAAGCAUUUUAAUUUGUGCAUUUUGGGUUUUAAUUGUGGGAUACAACCAGAGGUUCUGCUGUAAUAAAGAAUGUAUGAUAGCACGACUUGAGCACAAAAACCAAAUCCAGAGCAACUUCUGCUCUCUUGCAGUUUUAUAUUGAGGGCAAAGGACAUGAAAGGAAAUAAACACCUGAAGCGGAAUGUCCUGGUGCUGGCAAAUCCUUAUCAUUUGCCUCUGACUUAAAUGUGCAAUAUUCUUUCUGUGUUGGAGCUCUCUCUCUCUCUCUCUCUCUCUCUCUCCCUUCCAUGGAGGAGGCUUCGGGGGGAGUGGGGUGUCUGCAUCCUUCGGUGGUUAAAUGCACAAUAUGGUUUGAGGAGAAUUUGUGGCAUUGAAGAUUCAUCAGCCAAAUAUUUUCCAUAUUCAGUGGGCUGUGAUACAAGCCACCAGCAUUAAAUUGCCUUUUAAUUUGCACUUUAAUUUUUCUUCCUUCCACAACUUAUUUUGUAUUGCUUGUAUUGGAGGGCAGGUGAGCAGGAUUCUUUUGGAUCUGGAGUUCUCAUUAGAUCCCUUCACUAUGGCAACUUAUGCAGAGGAACAUGGAAAGUACAUGGGACAAACUUUAUUUAUUGUACUAAUCUGUCCACUAGUACUUGACUGAUUAUAAAUAAACCAAUAUCCUGCUUCUAAA